AUAAUAAUAAUACAUAAAAAGGGAAACCAAGAACAUCUUGAUUUGGUUGUCAAACUGAUCAAUCAAGUCAACGAUAAAACGAAAGAUUCGAACGAACAAAACCCUAAUUAUCCAACAUCAACGACCUCUGGAUCGAUUCGAUUUCAAAUCAUCUCAUUCGGCUGAUCACAUUGCCUGUUUCUGAAGGUCUGUGCUGCGUAAUUUGAGGGUAUGGCUAUGGAUAACUCCAAGAGGCCUUUGACAAUGAAAAGUAUGAUGUACAAUGGAAAGCACUCGUUACUCCCCCCUAAAAGUCCAUUUCCUAGCAUUGCUCCAUCAUAUGCUGAUUAUGUCUCAAAUCCUGCAAUUGGGCCAAAAGGCCCACCAAAGAAUAGAGAAGGGAGUCCCCAUCAUCAACGUACCUCCUCUGAGAGCUUUCUGAUAGAAGAACAGCCUUCUUGGCUGGAUGAUCUUCUUAAUGAACCGGAAACACCUGUAAAAAGAGGGCACCGGCGUUCAUCAAGUGACUCUUUUACAUACAUGGAAGCUGCUAACGCUGCUUACAAUGAGUAUCAAGCACAAACCGAAAACCGGUUGAGAAAUUUGACUUCUGUUCCCUCAUGGGGAUCUCAAGACUUUGACUUAUAUAAAGACUUUCGAAAUCCAUCUUUUUAUGGAGACACAACUGCAAUGAUUAAAAAUAAGAACCGGGCAUGGGAUUCACCACAAAAUGCAUCAAAACAUAACUUUGUACUUCAGACUUCUAAAUCCUUGGGUUCUUCACGAGAGGUUGAUGGGAAUACCUCCAAUGCAACUGAGAAGAAAGAAGCAGUUGAAUCUGCACGGCAAGAUGCAGAUACUUCUGAAAGAAAGGAUCCUUCCAGCAACAAGGGUUCCACAUCAGAAACAGACACAAAACGUGCCAAACAGCAAUUUGCUCAACGUUCCCGGGUGCGAAAGCUUCAGUACAUUGCUGAGCUGGAGAAGAAUGUACAUGCUUUACAGGCAGAAGGUUCUGAGGUUGCUGCUGAGGUGGAAUUUCUAAAUCAGCAAAGUCUUAUUCUGGGCAUGGAGAAUAAAGCGCUGAAACAACGGUUAGAUAAUUUGGCUCAAGAGCAACUUAUCAAGUACAUGGAGCAUGAAGUUCUGGAGAGGGAGAUAGGGAGACUGCGAGCAUUAUAUCAGCAACAGCUACAGCCACCACCACCUCCUAACCACCGGCGAACCACCAGCAAGGACAAACUCGAUGCUCAGUUCGCAAACCUUUCUUUGAAAAAAGAUUCUGGUUCUACAAGUGAUGUUUCCGGUACACUCCAAAUAUAAAUACAAGCAUCCCGUCUCUUUUAUUCCCGACAUGCUAUGAUCCCAACUGCAAAACAACAAUUUGUUGCAUGUUUCUCUAGUUUAUUUACCUUUUGGGCCUGUGUCUGUAUCUGACCGGGAUGUUUCUAUCUUGCUAAGCUUAGUAUCUUGCUCGCUCUGCACCUGGUAGUCUGGGAAUCUGUUACCCAGUUGGAGACUCACCGGAGGUGGUAACCAUAUAACGUGAUACGACAUUUUAUGUUCUCGCGUAUUGCGCGAUAUUGUUUGAAAAUUUCUUUAAUUAACGCUCUCCAUGUGAUAUUUUUUCGGAUGAUGUUCCUUAAUUGAACUUGUUUUUGUAACUGCUUUAGUUAGAAGUGUGAGACAAAAUCUCUUACCAGAUUUGAUUAUUUUUACUUUUCUUUUCCC